AUGCCUAACAACCAACGAGACCAUUCUGAGGACUCGCCAGACGACAUUGUUUUUGACCCAGACCAGAGCGCUGAUGUAAAGCGCGCUCUCCGCCAGGACUAUCGCUCAUUAGUGAAGAAGGUCCAAGAACAGCAAGGAAAUCUUAACGAUGUAACGCCAGAAGAUUUGUUGGCAAAAGUGCAGCAGGCGGACGAACUCUUCGUAAAAGUAAGGGGCCCCCAGGAAGCAACCCUGGACGCACAAUUGCUACUCAUGGCCACCAACCUCGGCGCGCAGAAAGCACGCGCUAUGAAGUCAGGAUCCGGCGUAUUUGACGCCGACAAUUUUGUGUCAAAGCUGGUGACCUAUAUGGGUGGUAAAAGCUUUGAAGCGAUGUCGGAGGACUCUGACUCCGAUGAUGGACAUGGCAGACCGCCACUCGAUUGGGAUAGGAUUGGGCGGAAGGCAAUGGCAAAGAGCCAUCGUGUGCCACUUACUGGGUUUAUGCUGGGGCCAUUAUCUAUAGAACAGAAAAAGAGGGCAGUAACUAAACGAUCCAAGCUAGAAAAAAACAAAUCAGACGAGCAAAAACCACAAGAACUUAAAGAAGAGGACAUUUCACGAUCAAAGAACGAAACAUCAACCAAUGUCAAUCUGCUCGGUUCAAUUCUGGAUCAUUUCGAUUUUGAAAAUCCAGUAAACAUCUUCGAGUUUGUCAUCAACCCAAACGAUUUCGCCCAGUCCGUGGAAAACGUUUUUUACUUGUCGUUCCUUAUUCGCGAUGGGCAAGCGGCUUUUGAGACAAGAGAUGGUGUGCCUGUUGUUUAUGGCUGUGGAAAACCUGAACAGGCGGAUUACGACCAGGGCUUAAAGAAGAGGCAACUGGUCCUAGAAUUUGAUAUGGAAACCUGGAAGCGUGCUAUCGAAAUCUUUGAUAUUAAAAAGCCCAUGAUUCCACAAAGGGCGCCAUCGUUAACAAAAUUAGGCGAUAAAUGGUAUGGUUAA